AUGGCCGCUCGAUGGACGUUAAUGCACCAUUAUGAAAAGGGCGAAUCUACUGAAAACAUAUUAUUCAGUUCUGAUGACGAAGAAUUAUUCCUCACAAAAUUGCCGAUACACGAACCGUAUCAUGAAACCAAGAAACUGAAUCCAAAAGACAGGUCGUUCAGUGAGAAAAUGGCUGCAUUGUGGGCAGCGAACGAGAAACAACGUAAGGGUACUCAAACUGUCACAGCCCAUAAACCCAAAGAAUUCCAUGGGAAAACACCGUUAGCCGAUGGUGAAAUAAGAAAUGAUGACGCAUCCAGACUACAAAUCGAGUCUAUACUACGUAAGCAAGGAAUCAGCCACCAAGCAACCCUUGAUAACUUAGUCUUCGACUACCUCAACACUCCAGUCGGAAUUCGUGACACACUUAUUCAGGAGAAUAUUCAUCCGGUACAAGAACAAAUUAAAGUGCAACAAGAACAGAUGCAAGCACAACAACAAACUGGAUACGUUGUUCCAUCUUUCGAUGUGGUCGAAAAGAGUACACUGUUUGGUGAGAAAAUGACUGCGGCUGUGGCGACAUGUGACGGUUCGAUUGAUCAUUCAUCAUACUCGGCUAUGAAUUAUCGACAAGAACAUGCGAAAUUCAACAGAGUUCAAGAAAAGGAUCAUGGUUGGAAAGAUUUGAAUGUCAUGCUACCACCUUCACCUACACCAGAAGAUACUCUCAGCAGUGGACAAUAG